AUGGCGUUGCAGCUAGACCGAGAAAAGCUCUGCUGUUCCAUAUGUUUGGAUUUACUUAAGGAGCCAGUGACUAUUCCCUGUGGGCACAGCUACUGCAUGAAUUGUAUUGAAAGCCGCUGGACUGAAGAGGAACAUAAAAGCUACAGCUGCCCUCACUGCAAACAGACCUUUGCACCAAAGCCAGACUUGGUGAAAAGUGCCAUGUUUGCUGAUUUGGUUGAAGCCUUGAAGAAAACAAGACUUCAGUUUGCUCCAGCUGAUCACUGCUAUGCCAAGCCUGGAGAUGUAGCCUGUGAUUUCUGCACUGACAAAAAGCUGAAAGCCCUCAAGUCGUGUUUGGUGUGCCGGAUCUCCUACUGUGAGCUCCACCUUCAGCCUCACUACGAAUCCUCUGCCUUUGAAAAGCACAAAUUGGUUGAACCGCUAAAAAAUCUACAGGAGAAAUUUUGCUCUCAUCAUGAUGAGGUGAUGAAGAUCUUUUGUCGCACUGACCAGCAGGCCAUCUGUUUUUUGUGCUCCGUUGAUGAACACAAAAAUCACGACACAGUCUCAGCUAAAGCAGAAAGAAACGGUAAGCAGAUGAAGCUUGGGGUGAGUCGGGAAAAAAUCCGGAUGAGAAUUCAGAACAGAGAAAAAGAUCUGAAAGUUCUUCAGGAGGAGAUUGAGGCCAUCAAUUUCUCUGCAGAUAAAAUAGUGAACGACAGCAAAAAGAUCUUCGCAGAACUAGUUUGUCUUGUUGAGAAAAUGAGCUCUGCUUUAAAUGAACAAAUCAGAUUCCGGCAGAAAGCUGAAGUUAAUCGAGUUACAGAGUUAAAGGAGAAACUGGAAUCCACUGCAUACAACAGUCCUGUAUCCACAGAGGAUAUGAUAAAGGAUUCUGCUGCUACCAGAAAAUCAGCAUCCAUGUACGUUUACCAAUAUGUGGGCUAG